AUGGCUCCCGUCACUACCGACUUCUGCGCUACAACAUCGGACCACUUUCUUGUGUUGUGCGUGCAAGGGUUCAUGGCACCGUACAAGAGUUACCAGCUGCCAAAGAACCCUCCGAACCGCCGAAGACUCGACAUGUCAACGGUAUCGAUGUCAUCACCGCCGGGCAAGGCGUCUGAACGCCCGCGGCAUUCCAGGCCGGCGGCCCCGUACAUGUGGUCUUGUGGUCAGACUAAACUAGGAAUCGCCGAAAUCAUCCCUCCCGGACAAGACGCGGGCGCGGGCGCGCGCGGGCUCACGGUUGUCGAGAUGGGCGAUCUCGUAAGGAAGUUCGAGGAGGAGAAACAGGACGACCUCCGCCGGCUCGCCGGACUCUUGGAGUGGAUGAGACACAGCGCCCGGGCACAUGGCGCGCCAUGCGUUGCCGUCUUCCACCUUGGCGCUUCCGAACGGGACCGUGAGCCGGGCGAUCACAGCAUACAGAUCCACAGCUCUGGCCCGGAGGAGGUCCCUGUGCUUUUGGACUGGCACGAGGAGCACUUUUGGUCCAAGAAGGGUGUCCACCAGGAGCAUGUUGGGCCCCAAGAGAGGACCAUCGAUGCAGAAAGCCGGCCUCGGAAGGGUGCCAUCCGGCAAUUGGCGCGAUGGCUGGGGCUUUGA